AUGGGCCGACACAACAAGGAGUACUCAGCUGUUUACUCUGACGAGAGCGCCGCGUCGAGCCUGGAAGCCGUCGAGGCCGCAGACGCGGCACCGAAGACAGAGUACACAUCAAAGCUCCGCAGAUUUGGGGUGUGGACUUUCCAUGCCAUUUUAAUAGCCAUUUACACCGCAAUAUUUGUUGUGUCCCUACUCCCCAACAAGCCAUGGUCGGGGGCCUUUGGUUUGAUAGAUGCACCUCCCAAGGCUAUUGGCGAGGAAAUGCAUCUCGAAGUCUUCCCUAUUCAGGGCCCGCCACAUGGCAAGUAUACUGGUGAACCAAGGCCGGAGGUAGACAAAGCAUGGAGGGACUUGCUACAGUAUAACAACAUCAGAGUUUCUGAGGGUUGGGUCCAUCGUUGGGGACGGGAGCGUGAGGCAGUCAAGCUGCCCGAUGGCGGGUACCUCGGUAUGCUGAGCGUCUUCCACGAGCUGCACUGUAUUAAGCGUCUUUAUCAAACAUUGUCUCCAGAGUACUAUUUCCCCAAUGCAACUGAACAAGAGAUUGAUACAAACCGAGAACACAACCAACACUGUCUCGAGGUCCUUCGCAUGGGUGCAGCUUGCCGUGGUGACAUUUCCAUCAUCACUCACAUGUGGACCGAUAUUGACGCGCACCCUAUCGUCAAUCAGACGGCGCCGCACCAGUGCGUUGAUUUUGACAAGGUUAUGGAGUAUUCUCGGAUCAACACAGUAGACGUGUACCAGGACAACUAUAUCGUUCACCCAAAGUUCGGUCCUUCGUUUCCUAAAGGCAACAGCAUCAAACCCUUCAAGGAUCAGGGAAUGGGACACCAUCACUAA